UGCUCACUUUGGCAAGUCUAUGGUCAUCAACUACACUGUCACUCUCAAGGGUCUGGAAGACCAGUUGCUGAGUGUGAUUGUGAAGUCAGAGAGGAAAGAGCUGGAAGAGCAGAGAGAAAGAUUGAUCCAGGAAACAAGUGCCAACAAGAGCUUGCUGAAGGACCUGGAGGAUGCCCUGCUGAGAGAACUGGCUACUUCUACAGGCAACAUGUUGGACAACACAGAUCUCAUCCAGACCCUUGAAGAAACAAAAGCCAAAGCAUCUGAGGUGGCAGAAAAGUUGAAGCUUGGAGCCAAGACUGCCAUUGAUAUUGACAAGCUUCGUGAUGGGUACCGUCCUGCAGCCAAGCGUGGUGCCAUUUUGUUUUUCAUCCUUGCUGAGAUGGCCAGUAUUAAUACUAUGUAUCAGUAUUCCUUGGCGGCUUACCUGGAUGUGUUCCAGUUCUCUCUGAAGAAGAGCUUGCCAGAUACUAUACUGCAGAAGAGGUUGAGGAAUAUCAUGGAUACUUUGACACACAAUGUCUACAACUAUGGUUGCACAGGUAUCUUUGAGAAACACAAGCUGUUAUUCUCCUUCCAAAUCACAGUGAAGUUGGAGAUGGAUGAGCAAAGGAUCAGACAAGAGGAACUGGACUUCUUUAUCAAGGGUAGCAUAGCACUGGAGAAGAGCAAGCGAGGCCGUCCAUUUAAAUGGGUCCCAGAACAGGGCUGGGAGGACAUGAUUAGAUUGGCAGAGAUAGAAAAAGGUGCUUUUGGAACCAUACUGGAAGAUGUAGAGAAGAAUGAGAAGGAGUGGAAACAGUGGUUUGACCAUGAUUCACCAGAAUCUCAGCCUUUCCCACUGAAAUAUGAAGACAGCCUCUCUGACUUCCAACGCCUGAUGCUUCUCCGCUGCUGGAGAGUGGAUCGUAUCUACAGAGCCAUCACAGACUACAUCACCAAAGUUAUGGGUGAGAAGUAUGUCACUCCACCUAUCAUCAGUUUUGAGGCCAUCUUUGAGCAGAGUACGCCCACCUCUCCCAUCGUGUUUAUCCUGAGCCCAGGAUCUGACCCUGCCAGUGAUCUGAUGAAGCUGGCUGAGAGGACUGGAUUUGGAACCAACAAACUCAAGUUCUUGUCCAUGGGACAGGGACAGGAGAAGAUUGCCAUGCAGUUCCUGGAAACAGCUGUGGCUAGAGGUCAGUGGCUCAUGUUGCAGAACUGCCAUCUACUGGUGAGAUGGUUGCGUGACUUGGAGAAGGAGAUAGAGAAACUGGCAAAGCCUCAUCCAGACUUCCGCCUCUGGCUGACCACUGAGCCAACCUCAGCUUUCCCCAUUGGUAUCCUGCAGAGGUCACUUAAAGUUGUCACAGAACCUCCCAAUGGUCUGAAGCUGAACCUGCGCAGUACUUACUUCAAGAUCCCAGCCACAGCUCUAGUGGAGUGCCCACACCCUGCCUUCCCCUCCCUGGUCUUUGUGCUGGCCUUCUUCCACGCUGUGGUCCAAGAGAGGAGGAAGUAUGGAAAGAUAGGAUGGAAUGUGCCUUAUGAUUUCAAUGAGUCAGACUUCCAGGUGUGCAUGCAGAUCUUGAAUACCUACCUGACCAAGGCUCAUGAGAACAAUGAGACUAAGAUACCAUGGAACAGCUUGAAGUACUUGAUUGGAGAGGUCAUGUACGGAGGCCGUGCUAUUGAUAACUUUGAUCGUCGCAUCCUGAACACCUACAUGGAUGAAUACAUGGGUGACUUCAUCUUUGACACCUUCCAGCCUUUCCAUUUCUAUGUGAAUGAAGAAGUUGACUACAAAAUCCCUGAAACUGGCAUGAGAGAUGUCUACACAGAGUUAUACAAGGGGUAUACUGAUUACAUUGAGACUCUCCCACUGACCAAUACCCCUGAAGUGUUUGGGUUACACCCCAAUGCUGAGAUUGGUUACUACACCUCUGCUGCCAGGGAAAUGUGGAGUAACUUAGUGGAGUUACAGCCCCAGACAGGCGAGACUGGCUCUGGAAUCAGUCGUGAGGACUUUAUUGACAAGAUUGCCUCUGAUGUUCUGGCCAAGCUGCCACCAGAGUAUGACAUGGAUAAGAUCCGUAAGAAGCUGGGCAUUGAGAUCACCCCCACCACUGUGGUACUGCUGCAGGAGCUGGAGAGAUUUAAUAUUCUCAUUAAGAGAAUGAGGGUCUCCUUGUCCACUUUGAAGAGGGCCUUGGCAGGUGAAGUUGGUAUGAGCAAUGAGCUGGAUGAUGUGGCCAAGUCUCUGUUUAAUGGUCAGUUGCCUGGAAUCUGGAGGCGUCUGGCACCAGCCACUCUGAAGUCACUGGGCAACUGGAUGACCCAUUUCCAGAAGAGAAAUUCUCAGUACACAGUAUGGAUAGAGGAAGAUGAGCCUAAUGUGAUGUGGCUGUCAGGGCUCCAUAUCCCAGAAUCUUACCUGACGGCCCUGGUGCAGGCCACCUGUCGUAAGAAUGGCUGGCCCCUGGAUAAGUCCACCCUGUACACCUCUGUCACCAGCUACCAGAACCCUGAAGACGUCACAGAAAGAGCUCAUCAAGGUUGUUUUGUACAUGGUCUGUACUUGGAGGGUGCUGGCUGGGACAUAGAGAAGGGAUGUAUUAUCAGACAGAAACCAAAGGAACUGAUCCAGGAGUUACCAGUACUUAAAGUAAUCCCCAUUGAGGCUCAUAGACUCAAGUUACAGAACACCCUGCGUACUCCUGUCUACGUGACAUCAGAGCGCCGUAAUGCCAUGGGAGUGGGUCUUGUAUUUGAAGCUGAUCUCUUCACCACAGAGCACAUUAGUCACUGGGUUCUACAGGGUGUGGCACUGUCUCUCAACACAGAUUAGAUUAAUACAGAAAAUGGGACGUACUUUGCUGAAUUCAGAUUACAUUUCUGUAGAAAAUGGAACAUUCCUUCACAAAUUCAGAGUGAAAAACAGAAAACGGAGGAAGCAUUCUUUCUCAAGAAUUUCUCAGUUGCUUCAGAGAAUAUCCCUAAUGCCAUUUUGAAAGUGGGAAAGUAGACCAUUAGCGGCAGCAGAAUUAAACUGUCAUAGCCCUGUUUAAUAAAAAAAGCAGAAACAUACUCAGACUCAGAAUAACGAACUGUGAUUGUAACGAACUGGGAUUCUUUCUUUCUAUAAAACCGUCCAAAUAUAACUUAUUGCAAAAUAGAUUUGUUUAAAAAACCGUCCAGGUAUUUUUUCAUAAAAGAUUUUAAAUUUUAUUUCAUUGCCAAAAUAUAUAUUUGUUUUACAAAAGUAAUGUGAACUUUUGAUAGAUUCCGUCCACGUUUUGUUUAUUGGCACGUCCUUAUAGUUUCGUGAAGAGCAAUAUUAUAAAAGUUCAAUAUAUGGUCUAUUUUAACCAAUAUUUGCCGUGUUAUAAUUUAACAACUGUUAGCGACAUCUGUGAUAAAUAUUGUACAGAGAGACUUGAAUUUACAUUGUUGUGAGUUUAUUUAUGUGAACUCUAUUUUAUUUAUCUAUUCUUAAAAGAGUAUUUCUGUAUGAUAAUUUCAAAUUAAAAAAAUAGUAACUUUGUAUUUUGCUACAUUAUGGUAUAAUUUUUGCAGUGGAGUACACGAAUCCUUGUGGACUUUCACUGCUUGU